AUGGCGACCAAGCACGUCUUUGACGACCCCGUCGGCCUCGUCGAGAAGAACCUUCGAGGCGCCGUCGCACUCCACCCUGGCCUCCGAUACUACGCACCCCACAAGGUCGUCUACAACCCCAGCCACCCCAACAGCAAGGUCGCCGUCAUCUCGGGCGGCGGCGCCGGCCACGAGCCCGCCCACGGCGGCUUCAUCGGCAAGGGCAUGCUCGCCGCCUGCAUCUCGGGCGACAUCUUUGCCUCGCCCUCGGCCGCACAGAUCUGCUCGGGCAUCGACCUGAUCAACAACGACGCCGGCGUCAUCAUGGUCGUCAACAACUACACCGGCGACUGCCUCCACUUUGGCCUCGCCGCCGAAAAGGCCCGCGCUGCCCGCUCCGGCCACCCCAGCAAGAAGGGCGGCGUCGAGACCGUCAACGUGGCCGACGACGUGGCCGUCGGACGCAAGCGUGGCGGCCUGGUCGGGCGCCGUGGCCUGGCGGGCAACAUCUUUACCUGCAAGGUGCUGGGUGCCGCCGCCGAAAAGGGCCUCGAUGUCAAGACGAUUGCCGACCUGGGCAAGCACCUGAUGGACAACAUGGUCGCCGUCGGCACCUCGCUCGACCACUGCCACGUCCCCGGCCGACCCAAGGGCGACGAGGAGCGUGGCGCGCUGGCUGCCGACGCCGCCGAGCUCGGCAUGGGCAUCCACAACGAGCCCGGCUUCAAGCACAUGGACAAGAAGCCCGAGCCCGACGUCCUGAUUGGCGAGAUGCUCGACUUCCUCCUCGACCCCAACGACGCGGACCGCGCCUACACGCCCUUUGACAAGGACGACGCCCCCGUCGUCUUCAUCAACAACCUCGGCGGCAUGAGCAACCUCGAGAUGAACGCCAUCACCGACGUCACCCUCAGCCUGCUCGAGUCCAAGUGGAACCUGCAUCCGUCGCGCGUCUACUGCUCGGCCUACAUGACUUCGCUCAACGCGCCCGGCUUUGGCGUCUCGCUCGUCAAUCAGAAGCGCUUCGAGAAGAACACGGGUCACAGCCUCCUCGAGCUGCUCGACGCCCCCACCGACGCCUUCUCCUGGGCGGGAGUCCAGACCGGCUGGGGCUCGGCGUCGGGCAAGCCGCGCGACCGCAAGGCCGAGGAGCAGGAGGCCCACGACCGUCUGGCCGCCGUCAAGAAGGCCGGCGGCUCCGUCAGCGGGCUGCACGAGGCCAGCGGCAACAUUGGCGGCCCCGUCAAUCCGGACCCGGAGCUCGUCAGGAAGGGCAUCUCGGCCGCCUGCGCCGCCACCGUCGAGAUCGAGCCGGAGCUCACCAAGUUUGAUACCAUUGUCGGUGACGGCGACUGCGGCGAGACGCUGGCCCAGGCAGGCACGGCUGUUAAGAAGGCGCUCGACGCCGGCCAGAUCCCGCUCGACACGGCUGCCGGCACCCUGAUUGCCAUUGGCGAGGUCCUCGAGUCGGCCAUGGGCGGUACCUCGGGCGCCAUCUACGCCCUCUUCUUUGCCGGCCUGGUGCAGACGCUGCUCAGCAACCCGGCCGGCACCAAGGCCGACGCCAAGGUGUGGGGACAGGCGGCGCUCGGUGCGCUCGAGAACCUGGGCCGCUACACGCCCGCCCGCCCCGGCGACAGGACGCUGGUGGACGCGCUCGACCCCUUCUGCCGCGCCCUGGGCGCCGGCAAGCCGCUGUCCGAGGCCCCGCUGUCCGAGGCCGUCCAGGCAUCGAGGUCGGGAGCCGAGAGCACCGUCAAGCUGACGCCGCGCCUCGGACGUGCCACGUACGUCGGCAGCAAGGACGACGGCGACAUGCCGCCGGACCCCGGCGCCUGGGGCAUCUGGGCCCUUACCGACGGCUUGCGCAAGGGCCUCGGACAGUGA